AUGACGGAAGGACGAUUUGAAACAAUUCACAACCUCCGUCCCAAGAACUGGGAUAGCCGCAGGCACUGGACAAACUGGAACCACCUCUAUGACUGCGAGGCCGACCACCUCGGGCGGGAGAGCUGUCCUUUUCACGAUCUUCGUUCCGGCGGCCAAUUUCAGUACGAAAACUGGGGAGGUGGACCUUAUGAGGUGCCGAUCGAACCUCAACGACUCAACGACCGCGUGAAUGGGGAUCGGAUGGAUUUUGCCCUCGGUACCGGUACGGCCCUCGGGGGAUGGGGUGAAAUCCCGCUGAAUACCAAAGCCGGGCGCCCCACCCCAGAGGCCACCACAAUUCCACGCGUAACAGCCAUCUUUACGAAGAAAAAUCCCCUCAAACGUGGACUUUUCUCUGAAUACCCAUACAUGCCGGAAGGUGACCCAGUGGACCGCGAUGCGAAGCUCUACAAGAAAGGGGAGUCAGGCAAGAUCCAGGGUAAUCCUGGCGAUAUGCAAACCGGUGGACGUCAUCAAUACAUCGGCCUUCCGGUGGAGUAUAUUCCCUGUCCGUACAACGACAAGAUAAAUCAUGGCCGGCAAAAUUAUUUCCGCACGGGCCCCGUUCCUCAUGAUUAUCCGAAGUGGAUGCCAGGGGGCGAGCUGGACAAGAAGGGGAAGAAAAAGAACGUCCGACCUUUCUACGCGGGCAAACACCCUGACGCGGGGAUGGUUCUCGCUGGUGAUAUGGAAUGGAUUCCCGAUCCAUACAACCCGGCCGGCAUCGACAGCGGCCGCAGGCCGUUCUGGACUUGGCAUACGCGUACAAAGUGGUCCAUGCCAACCCACGCCCCCUGGUCAACGGGCUUGAGCACUGCGGAACCCCGAAAGGGAGAAACAUUAAACUUAACCCAAGAUAAUCUCCCGAACCUUUCUACCUACAAUCGCGUUAAUCUAGUGCAAUCUAUAGGGCCGGAGGCCGCACUCUCAGUGAUGAACUCACAACCAUCGAACUUACCCAAGGUUCGUAAUGGGAAAUGUCAACUAGCGAGGCAAAAAAUGCCAUAA